AUGACAUGUACAAGACCAGAUUUAAGCUAUGUUAUUACCAAAUUAUCUCAGCAUCUAUCAAAACCAAAUAGUGGUGAUUGGAUUAUGAUUAAACAUGUUAUUCGGUAUAUUAAACAUACUCUAAACUAUUGUUUAGCUUUUCGAAAGACUGAUGAAUUAAAGCUUUAUGCUUUCUGUGAUGCAGAUUGGGCUUCAUCUUUAGAAAAUCGACAUAGUAUAUCAGGUUACUGUUUUUCUCUGUGUACAGAUGGACCAGUCGUUAGUUGGAAAUCAAAGAAACAAUCGAGUGUUGCACUGUCCACCUGUGAAGCAGAAUAUAUGUCGAUAUCUGCAGCUUGCCAAGAAACUAGUUAUUUAGCAAAACUAUUACGAGAAUUAUUAGAAGUAAAAAUCGAACCAGUAACCCUUAGAAACGAUAACCAAGGAGCCAUUGCAUUAGCGAAAAAUCCUAUAAAACAUAUGAAAUCUAAACAUAUAGACAUACGUUAUCAUUUUAUACGAGAAUAUCAUCAACAAGGUCGUAUACUAUUAGAGUAUAUACAAUCAAAUAAAAAUUAUGCUGAUAUUUUUACUAAACCAGCAAAGAAAGAUUCAUUACAAAAGUUUAAAGAUUUUUUAUUUGGACUUUAA